UAAACUCAGAGAUCUUCUGGAAUAUUCUAUAGGCUUCCUGUUCUUACAUUUGGCUCACCACUUUUCAUUUCCCUCUACACAUAAUACAAUUAACCUUAUUUCUACCAAAUUCAAAAUCCACCCCCAAACCCCUGAAACUGUGAACUGAUUCUUGAAUCUAUCAAUGGCGAUCAUCUCCGAUCAUAAUGAGAAAGAUAACAAACCACCCUCAUCGUCCUUUGUAUCACCAAAGCCUUUUAACGCUGUUCUUGAUCCUGCAAACCCUCUAGGGUUUCUAGAAGCAGUAUUUGAGUUUCUAGGCGGAGAAUCCGAUAUCUUCAAGAGUGAUUCUUUGGUAACUGAUGUCAAUGCUGUGGUUCGUAUGGUGAAAGACAAGCUGGAAAAUGAGGAGAGGAAGAGGAAAGAUCAAGUACAGGGCUUACCUGGAAAGCCUGACAAGAAGCUUAAGGAGGACGUUCCUGUUGUUGUAUCAAAGAAUGAGGUUAAGGAGACGAAGGUCGAGGAGGCCAAGAACGCUAGUGAGGUCAUGGAGGAGGACAAGAAGGGGCCUCUAGCUCCCAACAUAGGCAAUGGCCUUGAUCUGGACAACUACUCUUGGGGUCAAUCCCUACAGGAGGUUAAUGCUAACAUUCCUGUACCUCAGGGAACAAAAUCACGGUUUAUUGUUUGCGAUAUAAAAAAGAACCAUCUUACAGUCGGACUAAAGGGUCAGCCUCCGAUAAUUGAUGGAGAACUCUAUCGACCUGUCAAAGUUGAGGAUUGUUUCUGGAGCUUAGAGGAUCAGAAAUCCAUCUCUGUACUCCUUACCAAGAAGGACCAGAUGGACUGGUGGAAAUGUGUGGUGAAAGGUGAACCUGAACUCGAUACCCAGAAAGUUGAACCUGAAACUAGCAGGCUAUCAGAAUUGGACCCAGAGACUCGAUCUACUGUUGAAAAGAUGAUGUUUGAUCAGCGACAGAAAGCAAUGGGUCGUCCAUCAAGUGAUGAUAUGCAAAAGCAGGAGAUGCUAAAGAAAUUUAUGGCUCAGCAUCCAGAGAUGGACUUCUCUACGGCGAAGAUGUCCUGAUUCGCGGGGUGUUUUGAUAAGCAAUCAUAUUUCUAAAUGGGAAUGUAGAGCUUGACCAGAUUUUGGCAUCUCUUCUUUACUUCGGUUGGGAUUUAAGAUGUUUUUGUGCAUAUGGGAAAUAUAUAUUCUAUAGUGACUUUUCUGUAGACUAAGGAAAUUUAUGUAUGUACUGCAAUUGGAGUAAUUGAUCUAAAUAGUAAACGUAAGCUGAACAUGUUUAUGUUCUAAUUUAUGUUUCUUCUCCUC